AUGACAGCAGUGGUCCAGACUAUUGUACAAACUCGUCCGUCCUCGUCCUCUGGGACAAGCACCUUUCCUUCUGCUUCCCAGAGCUCCCAAUCUCAGACCUCCCGUGGCCACACAAUGUCGCUGAGCACCCCCUACAACGGCUCGCCGGGCUACCGGAACUCUGUGGCUCCGUACGCUUUCACGAGCACUCCAGGACUAGUCCAAGCCGUUAACGGCCAGCAGCGGCAGCGUACCCAGUCCCAAUCUUCUGCAUCAGCACCUCAAGGCUCGCAGAGUGCCACCACCAGCGUCCCCCCACGCCUGCCACCUUUCGCAGCUGGUUCUGUAUCUUCUUCAUCCUCAUCCUCUAAUUCCUCUCAACAUUCCCACGUGUCCCAAGAUGAUAGUGUCCUCGCUUCGAGACGUCGAACUAGCGAUGUUACGCCUCGUCCCUUAUCCACCGUCAAUCUACCUUCCCAAUCACCCUUCUUGAACCUCUCCUCUCCCAGUUCUGCAAAACCAUCCCCCGACCGCUAUCGUCGCGGAAAUCGGCGUGCUGAGAAUGUAGCGGGGUCUCAGCCAGUCCUCGUGCAGGGAGGCUCGAAUGCGUCCGUGCCUGUGCCUGCGAGAGGCUCAUCUUAUGACAGUUCAGCAGCUACCACUACUAGCACCACAAACACGUCCCAGCCCUCAGGGCCUCGUAGCGCGACGCAGGGGCAUGUGCGUGUGCCUAGUGCGGAUGACCCACGCCCGGAGAAGCCACAGCAUCCAGAACUGGCGAAACGAUACAGACGGAGGAGUUGGGCCGGCCUGGACGCGCCAGGGGCACUGGACUCGAAAGAGCAGAUGCCAUCCAACGCGUCCCUGUUUGCACCAUUGCCAGAUUUGAAAUCCUCCGCAGAGCGUUCCCGGCCCCAGUCUGCUCAUUCUCACAAGGGUAGUACGGACAGCAGCCAUUCAGUCCGGUCCUCGACUCCCUCGGAACCCAGCUCGUACAAGGAGGAAAGCAAAACUGCUCCGAACGUUUCCCAGACCCCCUCUCCAUUGUCACAUAUGACGACGGCUAGUUCAGACUCGCCAUCAGAUGCCGCGGUUCCCGAGGCGGAUGUAUCUAAGGAGAGUGUUGCCGCACAGCCUCUGGCAGACAGCAACAAAACGCCACCCAAGAAAUCUGGAAAAUCUCGACUGCGAAGGGCGUUCUCAUUUGGCAGCGCUGCAGAGCUCCGAAAACUCUCGGUCCAGAAUGCCAUCGGCAAGCGGGAGCUUGUCGAUCCGGACCACGGCAAGCAGGAUGCAGGCGAUGAGCUCGACCCGGAGCAGGCUGCCAUUGCUGCGCAGCAGGAGGCGAAUGGCCUUGGUGAGAAUAUCUAUUCCAACCAGAUUUUCACGGGCUCGACCGACAAUGUGUCCAUCUCUUCGACCGCGUCUUCUGCAUCCGUUAUGCUACGGAAGAUGGGGAAGGGUAUGAAGAAAUCUACCCGGUCUCUCGUUGGCCUUUUCCGCCCGAAGUCGAUCUCGAGCACACGCUCCGAGUCGGCCGUCGUUGAGCCCACGGCUCCACAGGUAUCGGUCGUGAAUAUCGAGGCGGAGAGGAAGACCGUCACCGCCAAUCCGGAUCCUCACACACAACCCGGCGGAGGGACAGUGUUUCCUAAACUCGAGACCGCCUCCAAGGACAAGACGAAGCCUGUCGCGCCCAAGGUUUCUGCGCCGAAGGAUGUUCCGCCAGUGGAGCGAACUCCAGUUGACAAUGCUCGUGCGCGUAAGAGCAUUGUUGGUGGAGAGAAGGAACGUGCAGAGGUCCUGGCAGCGGUGAAGAAGGGUAUCCUCAAAAAUUCCACUACCAAGCCGGUUGAGCCGCGAUCUUCGGAACUUAACCCACCACCUGCCCCUCAUGCCAGUGAUUCUCCCAAUUCGAGUGCACCAAGCACACCUGAUGAUAAUACCUCCCGCGCAGGUCAUAAGAAGACGGAUAAUGGGAAGGGUGAAGGUCAAGAUGGCAUGCUUUCGACCGGAAAGGGGGAUUCGAAGGGCACUCAACCUGCGGUCACGAAGACCAUUGUGUUCAGCCCGCGUAUUCAAUUCCACGAAACAUGGCCUAGUGGUGAAUACGACCGACGCGGCGAGGCCGCAACGUGCAAUAGGUUGACGCCUUUACUGGCGCAACAGAUCAAGGAGGAGCUGAACACCUUCAAGAUGGUGGGUUUUGCAAUGCCAGAGGAUUUCUUUUGA